AUGUCAAAGAGGACACAAGUGGUGAAGAAAGCAGAACAGAAGGAUUUGAUUUUCUUUUGUGGMCRUGUCGAUGGRCAGUGUUCCAAUGCASACUUAUCAAGUGCAGAAGCAAGCAAUGAGCCAUCAAUCUCAAGAGGAGUACAAGACUCAGCUGAUUUACUGAAUCAAAUGUCAAUAGAUGACAACCACACGCAAGCAAUACAGAGAGAAAACUCAGUACCUCAAAGYAGCUCAACAAGUGGACUUCAACAAMGAYAUGAAGAUUUACAAAACCAGGAGAGACAAAUCGUUGAGCCUUCAGGACAUAGUGGGCAAGUGAAUGAAGGUUUGGGUGCUGUUGGAGGAGGAGAAGAUGAAGASAAUGAACAACAAAUYCAUGCUCAAGAGGAAGCRRCAMCAUCUGAAGAACCUCUAGUUUCAGGUUUAUUAGAGAAUACAAGCUUGAUUGAAAAAGUCGCUUUAAUGUUAAACCCUUAUAACCCUGUUAUUAAGAACUGGGAGAGCCUGGCAUAUGAACUGCGUGCACCUCCCAGCAUAAGGGCUCAAUGUAAACGCCUCACACACCAUAGUCAAACGAGAGUGCUUUUUGAAACACUAAGCACUUCAGAUGAAACUGAAGACUUAAGAGUAAAUAAGCUUAUAGAUGUAUUGAAUAGUUUGAAGAGAAGAGAUGUAGUGGAGUUGCUUCAAAAGAAAAUUCCAGCAACUAAAUUGCAGAACAAGGUCAGUGAAGAAGUGACUUCAAAUGAUGAAUUGAUGGAAGAGGUAGAAACCCUGCUUGACAAAGAAUCGAGAGUUGUCAAGAACUGGUAUUAUCUGGGACUAAAGCUGGAUUUAUCUAAAGAAACUCUCCAAGAAAUCAAAGAUGGAAACAACCCWCAUAAUGGCGUUCCUGGAUUGUUUGCAUUUAUUUAUUCAAAGCGCCCGAACCUCUCAGUUGAUGAAUUUAAAACAAUAAUGAAAGAUAUUAACAGGAAAGAUAUUGUGGACAAACUUUCAAAYGUUGGACCAGGUCUAAUGAAGACRCAUUUCCCUCUCAACAGUGAUGAAAUGCGAUCUCUCUGCUACUUGCUGAACAAAAACUCCUGUGGCACAGUGAAAGAUUGGAGACACUUAGCAAUAAAGCUAGRUAUGGACUAUGAGCAGUACAAAACAUUUGAAAAAGAGACCACCGAGAUCCCCACAAUUGUUCUUAUUGAGUGGGCAAUGGCAGAGAAUCCUUCUAUGACUGUGCAACAUCUUUGUAAMCUUUUUAAGAACAUGAAGAGAUAUGAUGUCAUAGAGACAAUUGAACAAUACUAUGGCCGUAGUUUUACAGCUGAGUCAUAGAGCAUUGAAACUAGUGAAAAAAAAAACAAAAAAAAUGAAGACAAGGUGCUUUCUUCCUACUCCAUGCUAAAUAUUUUGUCUGCAGUUGAUGGUUCUUCGGCCACUACUUUCACAGAAACUGAAUGGAAUUCUCUUGGUUCUAGAUGUGUUUUUUAUAGUAGUUUUAGCAUGAGUCAGAUUUUAUUCACACGGAGCWGUCAGAAAUUAAUUUCCUUUAAGCCCCUCCUCACAGGAUACUCUAUGCUCAUUAGCUGAUGUAUAUAUAAUAUAAAUAUUGUUCUUUCUAYUUAUGAAAUAUGAGUUGAUAGUCCAUAGACCAUGAACUCAUAUUUCAUAUCAAGAAAAUUAUUGGACAGGCACCUAGUUAGUUUUAACAAGUGGAUGUAAAUUAUGGUAUACUUUUGAUGUAUAAUAUAKUAUAUCAUUAGUAACAUUUUCAAUAAAAACUGCAAGAACGUUA